AUGGAUCAAGAAAUCCCUUAAAAUUAAUAAUAACAUAGAUGGAACUUUAAUCUCUUAAAAGUAGAAGAGGAUACCUUGAUAGCUAAUUAAGAUCAUUACUUCUUUGAUAUGAACUUUAUGAUUUUACCAGAUAUUUUGGAUAAAAUCACAAUUGAAUUGAAUAUAAAUCCUGAAGUGAUAUCACCUUAAGAAUAUUAACAGGAAAGAAAGAAAUUAUUAUUUACAAUGUUAAAAUAUGAUAUUGGUUUAGAUAUUUUAAUCAAAUUACUAUAUAGGCGGGAUUAAUCACCAUUAAAUGGUUAUUUUUACUUGAAAACACUUGAAGAUGUGGCUCAUAUAAUAUAUGAGAUGCAGAAUGAAUUACUUGAUUUAGCAAUAGAAUAAAAUCAAUUUUAGAAAUAGAUAUCAAAUCGUAUUGUGAAACUCUUUAACUCAAUUUUAAGUAUAAAAUUUAUUUAAAAAAAAUAGAUAGAAAAAAAAAGGAAAUCAAUAAAUUACCUCCUUCUAAUAUUGCAUAAAGAGAUUUUGAGAAUUUAUAAUAGAAAUUUAGUAAAAUAAAUGAUAUAAAUUGUGUAUUGAGAAACUUUGAAUUUUAUAUAUAGAAUUGGAAAUAUAUUUUUGAAUAUUUGAAUGAAGAUAAAAAUAAACUAUUAAGAAAGGUUAUUCUUUGUAAGACAGAAAUAUAAUAGAUGUUAUAAGAAGAAUCAUAAAAAUAAUUAUUAAAAAUGAUGUCAGAAUUAACAAUUUAUCAAUAAGAAUUAAUAAUAACAUACAUUUAAUAUACUUAAGAAAUUUAAGAAAUAGAUAUUGUAAGAGGGAAAUAUGUUUAGCUUUAUUAAGCAAUAUUAUUAAUGGAUAAAGAUCCAAUAUAAUAAUUUCCUAAUAUUGUUAAACUAAUGAUGUUAUAUUAUUUUGAGAUUGAGAAUUGGAAAUUAUUAGUAAUUGAAGAAUUAAUGGAAUUACAUUAAGAAUAAAAUGCUUAUGAAUUAUUAUUAGCAAGUAAGAUUGAUUGGAAUUGUCUAAGCAAUAGUGACAUUAUUAUUAAAUUAUUGAUAGCAUCUAAAAGAUCUUUGUAAGCAUAUGUUUAUGUUACAGAAUUGAAAGAAGAAUAAGCAUUAAAAUAUUUUAUUAGAUAGAUGAUAAAUUAGAAGGAUAUUUUGAAUUUAUUAUAGAUUGAAUUUACACCAGAAUAGGAUAAUAUAGUAAAUGAAAUAAUUAAGAAUUUAGCAGACUUAUAAAUAUUAAUAGAAUUUGUUAAAAAAUUAUUAAGAACUAGAAAGUAUUAUCAAGCAAUAGAAUUUUAUAAAAAAUUAAGUUAAGGACCAUUAUAACUUGAUUUGAAAAGAAUUGAAGAAGUAAAUAUUAUUAUUUAAUAAUUUUAUUAGUUAAUUAAGAAAAGGAUUGCUUAACUUCCUGAAGUAGAAGAGAAUUAUUAUUUGGCUAAGAUUAAUGGUAAAUAAUUAACAGAUGAUGAAUUAUUGAUUGAAGCAAUUUUGGAUAAUUAAGAGAGAACAAAUGAAUAAAAUAAUUAAGGAUAAAGAAUUAUUAAAUAUUUUGUAGAAUAACCAAUUAUGGAUUAUGAGAGAGUGAUUAAUUGUUGUGGAUGGAUUAGAGAAAAUCAUUUAGGGAUAAUAUUUUGA